AUGGCAGCUUCAGUUCUAGAGGCAGGGCUGCAAUCGCUCAAACUCGACGAUCCAUUCUCGUCGCUGAUCGCCUUUGAACCAUUUGAGCUGCCUUGGAGCAACCAACGUAUCCUCGGAGCCCCUCACCCCAAGGACACUGUCAUUCCUCUGGCAUUGAAGCCAUCCACUCACGACGAUGCCGAAGUUGACCUGGAUACCGUGGUGAACAGCAUGAAGUCCCUCCAGGCUCGGGACGGCACUCUCACCAAAUUACUUGCGCGUCACGGAACACUUCUCUUCCGUGGGCUGCCCAUCCACAACGCCCAAGACUUUAGCAAGUUCGCGCAUGCUUUUGGAUACCAGCCACAUGAAAUCAUUGGAAUAGUCGUCGACAGACCAUUGCUGGCCCCCAACGUGGCACCCGCCAACGAGGCGCCCAAGGAAGUGCUCAUUUACAACCACAAUGAGUCUCCCCAGGUCCCUCACGCGCCGGAGUAUAUCUUCUUCUACAGCCACCGCGCGCCCGAGAAGGGUGGUGAGACGCCCAUUUCGUCGUCGCUGGAGUUGUUCCACCGAGCACAACAGGAGAUCCCCGAGUUUAUCACCGAGCUGGCGGAGAAAGGCAUUCUUAGCAAGGUCGCUUACAAAGUAGACAAGCAAUAUGCUGGCGGGUCAACUCUCAAACAAGCGUUUGGAAAGGAAAUCCAAGACGGGGAUGACGAAGCCACCAGGCGGGCCAAGAUCGAGGCCCAGAUUGUCCGGUACAACAGAGGCAAGCACACCACAUGGGAAUGGAGCGAGGACGGCUCGAUCACCCUGACGCAUCGGCUCCCAGCCAUCCGCACACAGCCGGAGACGAACCUGCCCACGCUCUUCACCGGGCUGGCGGCCAUCUGGAAGAACAACAAGUCGGGCGAAACCCAGGGUAGGAGAAACAACACCCAGCAGCUCUUCGGGGAUGGCACGCCCAUCCCAGACAAGUACCUUGGACAUCUGGCGAAGAUCACCGACGAGAUCCGUGUCCUUCACAAGUGGCAGCGUGGUGAUGUGUUGGUAUACGACAAUAUCAUUGCUCAACAUGGUCGUCAACCGUGGGAGGGCGAGCAAAGUGACCGGGUUGUCCUGGCCAGUCUGUUUGACGGAGAAAAGGUCCCUGGCGCGUACGGCACGCAAGAUUGGGCUCAGGUCGUUCAAGCUCUGGAUGGUUAA